GAAAGACAGGUUAAGACUUGGGUCACCAUUGGCAACUAACUUUCCUGGAAAUAUUCGGACUUUCCAUUUCCAACCUUCUUCAAAAGCUCAAAAGCCCUUGACACACAAAUCAAAAUCAAAAUUAGAAAAAGAAAUGGAGAAUUCAACCCAAGAAUCCCAUCUCAGAUCCGACAACUCUGUCACCUAUGACUCCCCUUACCCUCUCUACGCUAUGGCUUUCUCUUCCACUGCCUCUCGUCACUUCCAACGCAUCGCCGUCGGUAGUUUCAUUGAAGACUACACCAACCGAGUCGACGUCGUUUCAUUUGACCCCGAAACCCUCUCCAUCAAAACCCACCCCUCUCUCUCCUUUGACCACCCUUAUCCUCCCACCAAGCUCAUGUUCCAGCCCAAUUCCGCCAUCAAAUCCUCCGAUCUUCUCGCCUCCUCUGGCGACUUCCUCCGCCUCUGGGAAGUCCGCGACUCUUCGAUCGAGCCCGUUACUGUACUCAACAACAGCAAGAGCAGCGAAUUCUGCGCCCCUUUGACCUCGUUCGAUUGGAACGAGAUUGAGCCCAAGAGAUUGGGAACUUGUAGCAUUGAUACUACUUGUACGGUUUGGGAUAUUGAAAAGGGCGCUGUUGAAACUCAACUAAUUGCUCAUGAUAAAGAGGUUUAUGAUAUCUGCUGGGGCGAAGCAAGGGUUUUCGCUUCGGUUUCGGCUGAUGGGUCAGUUAGAAUAUUUGAUUUGAGAGACAAAGAACAUUCAACGAUAAUUUAUGAGAGUCCAACACCGGAUACUCCAUUGUUAAGACUCUCUUGGAAUAAGCAGGAUUUGAGGUACAUGGCAACUAUUUUGAUGGAUAGCAAUAAGGUUGUGAUUUUGGAUAUUAGAUCUCCAACUAUGCCCGUGGCGGAGCUGGAGAGGCAUCGAGCGAGCGUUAAUGCAAUUUCAUGGGCGCCGCAGAGUUGCAGGCAUAUAUGUUCUGUUGGGGAUGACACACAGGCUCUCAUUUGGGAGCUGCCGCCGGUGGCUGGACCCAAUGGGAUUGAUCCCAUGUCUAUGUACUCGGCGGGCUAUGAGAUAAAUCAGCUCCAGUGGUCUGCUGCUCAGCCUGAUUGGAUUGGCAUUGCUUUCUCUAAUAAAAUGCAGCUUUUGAAAGUUUGAGACUCCCUGGUUUGGCUUGGUGAGAAAGAAGUAAAACCUAUCUACUGUAUUGUAGGAUUUAUCUUUUACUUAGAUGAGCAGUUUGCCAUGCUGGAAAUCAUCCUCCAAUCAUCAGCGUGGGAUGAUUUUAUAUUUUUAUUAGGUCUGCUCUGUAACAUUGUGUUGUGAGCAAUUGUUUACAAUGUUUACUGAUUUACUGUAAGUGUAGAUUUUUGUACCUUUAGAACCUUACUUUUAUGAAGUAGCAAUUAGUUGUGUUCAAUA